UCGUGGGGGCGGUGUCAGGGACUUCGCGCCCUCUGGGCACUCGUAGCUCUGGCUCCACCAUGGCUCCCAAAGGCGGCUCCAAGCAGCAAUCCGAGGAAGACCUGCUUCUUCAGGAUUUCAGCCGCAACCUCUCGGCGAAGUCCUCCGCGCUCUUCUUCGGGAAUGCCUUUAUCGUGUCCGCCAUCCCCAUUUGGUUAUAUUGGCGAAUAUGGCAUAUGGAUCUUAUUCAGUCUGCAGUUCUGUAUAGCGUGAUGACCCUAGUAAGCACUUAUUUGGUAGCCUUUGCCUACAAAAAUGUGAAAUUUGUUCUCAAACACAAAGUAGCCCAGAAGAGGGAAGAUGCUGUUUCCAAAGAAGUGACUCGAAAACUUUCUGAAGCUGAUAAUAGAAAGAUGUCUCGGAAGGAAAAAGAUGAAAGAAUCUUGUGGAAGAAAAAUGAAGUUGCUGAUUAUGAAGCUACAACAUUUUCCAUCUUCUAUAACAACACCCUAUUUCUCGUCUUGGUCAUUGUUGCGUCCUUUUUUAUAUUGAAGAACUUCAACCCCACAGUGAACUAUAUUCUGUCCAUAAGUGCUUCAUCAGGUCUCAUCGCUCUCCUGUCUACUGGCUCCAAGUAGACCACGUCAGCUUCGCCCCUGGCUUUGUAUCUAUGGGUGGCCUGUGGUAUAUGAAAAAGUAGCAGGGUGGUCAGGGUGGGAGACACAUGAGAUGUUUUUAUAGUCUGGAGGUUGAGGGUUUGAAAAGCCCAACAAAAUAUAAUUCAAUAUUUGUUUAUUGGCUCUUUUUUUUGAAAGACUGUUGAAAUUAAAUGAAUUGAAAGGGAAA